UGUGGGGAAAUGCUCGGCGGACCGUGAAGCGUAACAGCAAGAAGGGGGACAAAGACGCACAUAGCGGGACAAAAUGCGACAGAUAGAAACUUCUUCCAAGUAAAAAAAAAAAAAAGGGAUAGAGAGAGAGGGGGGGGGAGAGAAAACAUCGGAAUGCGCGGAUGGAUGUUAAAAGUGGUAAAGUUGGAAAGAGGAGUCGAAACUAACAAUGGUAAGAAAGAUGAGUUCAAGUGUACAAACUGAGUUGCGGAGGACAACUACUGUGGUCAGACUGCGUGUUAACUUUGGAUAGCCCCGCGGCGCGUUGCAGUGGCCACCUCGUAUCGGCACCGGGGAGGAGAGAGAGAGAGAGAGAGAGACAUGGAGCAGACUCUGACCGCAGUUUGGAGAAUGGUCUCCCACUUUUGAACGGACAUGCUUCCCGGAAUGACUGUUGCUGCUCCGUUUCUCUUUUUUGCAGCCACGCGUGGUGAUUUCCCUGAGUCAGAUCCCGUCUUCCACUGUUGCAAAGCUGACCAGGAGGAGGCAAACUCAACCAACGUGCAAGUUUGCGGAUGAUCUCUAAGUGAUCAAGUGAAUUUUUUUUUUUUUUGAGCUGGUUACAAAAACAAAACAAUGUAUGGAAUAUGAACUUCAGUCUGUGAGGUUCAGCGUGUAAAUCGUCCUUGUCCUUAUGUGCUGGUGGAGAAAGUGCACGUCACCGAACUAGAACUCCAUCCAAGCAUGAAAUGUUGGUGCAGCGCCCUGGCACUUCUCCCAUGGGUGCUGGUGGCCAUAGAUGCCCAGCUAAUCUGCUGGCAGGCGCUCCUCCGGUGCCACGACGAACCUGAAUGCGACCUCGCGUACAGCCAGUAUUUGGCGGCUUGUGAGGGGAACAUCAGAGGGACGAGGAGGCAGUGCCCGAGCCACUGCAUCAACGCUCUCAUCAGGCUCAAUCACACCCGCAGCGGGCCAGACCUGGAGACCUGCGACUGCGCCCAGGACCUGGAGUGCCUGAGCGCCAAAAGAGCCAUAGAGCCGUGCCUCCCCCGCAGGUACCCGAGCGACGCCGGGGGGAUAGGGUGCAUGGAGGCCCGGCAGCGCUGCGAGGAGGACAGCAACUGCCACACCUCCCUCACGGCCUACUUGUCAUAUUGCGGGCAGCUGUUCAAUGGCAGGAAGUGCUCCUCCAAGUGUAAAGCCACCAUUCAGCAGAUGCUGUUCAUCCCAAAUGGCAUGCUGCUCAACCGCUGUGUUUGCGAUGGGGUAGAGAGGCCUUUCUGUGAAGUGGUCAAGGAGAACAUGAGCAAACUUUGCUCAAUAGGAGACCACAAUGUUAUUUCAGACCAGCCUGAUGUGGAUGACAUGUACGAGGAUGAGGACUAUGACCCCAAAAACGACAAAGAGGAAGUGUAUACUGACCAUUCCUCUGCUUCCCAGAGGUUACCCAGCUGCGUGACGCUCCUGUUCCAUUCCUCUGGCACGGAUAUUAUACUGAGACGAUGGGUACUUGAAACAUUUCUUGGCUUUAUAAAUGACACCUGAGGAAAGCGACUGUUCAAGAGUGUGAGGCCAGUCCUGGAUUUGAUAGGGUUUUGGUGACUUGCUCCAAGACACUUCAGCACAGCAUUAUCUUGCACCCAGGUCUGUUGGAUGAGGAAAGUUAUUUCUUCACCCACAAGGACUCCCCUGCCGUCCCAGUUUAGUUGCAUGGAGACAGAGAGCACAGUAGUGAUUUGUGUAGGCUUCCCCACAACCGUACAAUUUGCAUAGUAAUUCUUCUUCAUGCACAUCUCACUCAGGAAAACUGCUCUUUUGAUUUGUGAUUCAAAUCUUCCCACUGAUGGCCUUGCAGCACUCUUUUUCUGCUAGUAGAAGUAGAAGAAAGCCUCUUGUCAAAAAACAGCAAAAAUACUUCCAGGUGAUGAUGAGAGGAUGUGAACCAAAACUAGACUUUUUUUUUUUUUUUUUUUGCAGGGCAUUACCAUUUUGUGUGCCUUUUUAAAAAGCUCCUGUUUGUUUGGUUUGGUUUCAAUGCUACUUGGAGUGUGGCUUUAUUAAGACCUUAGACAAACAUUGGACCCAUACACUCCGUGUUUGCUCUGCUCUCCAUUUCAGGGGCCACUGCAUUGUAGCAGCAACCACACUUCAAAUAUUUGUGGGAACAGUCAGAGGACAGGCAAGGGUGUGGGAUCAAGUACUUAAAUUAACUGAAGCGCCUCUCCAGCACUCUGUCUGGGGCCCCUCCCCCGGUCGAGAUUGUUUUAUUGAACUUUUCCUGAGGACCCCCAACCCCACUCCUCCUUCCUCCUCUCUACUGCCUGCCCCCCUCUCAUGCCUUUAAAAAGACCCCCGUCCUUAUUACCGCUUUCACACCGCAGCAACAACACAGGAAAACCUGUCUGCUGAUGGUGUGAACGGGUCGACGCAUACCUGAAGUUUGUCCACAGCACUGCUCGCAACAAGAGGUCUGCCUGGUCUGACACUGCUCGGUUUGUUAUGCAGGGGUGAAACAAACUGCGUGAUUCGAGCGUACGCUGUUGCAAUGAGUUUAUGGGUAUUAAAGAUUAUUGUUAAGGACACUAGGGCGUAUUCUGCAUUAGUGAGUCUGCAGUGUAAUAGCACAGCUGGAGAACAAUAAUCAGUGAACAUAGCAGUGUUGAAGUAGCCUGAUAUGAAUGGCUUAAUUAUUUUGACACAGUAUCUGUUAACUAAACCAGAGGUGUGUGUUAGGCCAUGUAUAGAGAUCUUUUAACAUGCAGGACUCUCACUAAGUGCUUCCUAAAUAACUUGCACAGACAGAUAAAGGUCAGACUAAUUAAGAGCAGACUGAGAUCAGUUCAAAAAUUUCUCAUAAGGGCCUCCUCCUCAGAAAGAUACUGAAGGCUUUUACUUUGUGUUUUGAGGCUGAGGGUCUUUGUUGUAGCAAACAUUUACAUAAGGAGAUUCUGUGUGGCUACUGAGCAGUGAACAGGGUUAAUAUUACCUGUUUGAAGGUCCGAGGAUUCAAACCAGCAGCCUUUCAGUCUCACUUCUCUCUUCCACUGUUCCACGUUAAGCUGUUAAGCAAAAAGAGAAAGUACAGUGUUUUUGUUAGUAUUGAUCAUCCGUAGCAAAGCUGCCCAUUUGUGUCUUUGCUACUUGAAAUAGUGUCAAAAUUAAUCUUGUUUCAGUAUGAAGUCUGAUAAAUGUUAAAUUAUGAAGCUAGAAUAUGAAGAAUAUGUAUAUAUUUUUACAAUUAUAAAACAAUAAGCCAGUGCGUGUGGCCACUGUCACUUACAACAAAUGCAUUUAAUACAAUAUAAACACACAAAUGUAGCUCAGAUUUUUUUUAUUUUUUUUCCCCCACGAAGCCAGACGUGAUUUAGAUUUUCUAAUGUUUCAUCUCAUCUUGUGGGAAUAUAGCAGUGAAGACCUCAGAGCAGUGUCUUCCAUGUGGGAGGGUGAGUUUUAUAAUAAAAUGUUUAUGAGCUAAA